AUAGACGUUUCAUGUAUCAAAACAAGUUAAUUAAUUUCAAUUCAAAUCCAAAAUCAUAAAACAUACAAAUCACUCUCAAGCAGUAGUGCAGAAACAUGAAAAAAUAAUUCAUGCUGAAGUUUUUUUUUAAACAUAACAAAAAGUCAAUAAUUCCAGAGGGAAAAAGAUAUAUCUGAGAAUGUCGGAGAAUAAAACUCCUGACACUGAGAAGUUAGGAGAGGAGAGUCUAGGGAUGAUGAAACGGAUCAGAAGAGCUUAUUCAUUAAUGACAAUCGAACCACUCAUGCUUCUUCUAGGAGUAGCCUCCAAUAUGAUAAACGUUCCACAGGAGCAAAUGCUUCUUUACAAGAUCUGCUCAGAAUCUCAGUUUAAUGUUACCGAUGAAUACUGCCGCCACUUUGAGGAGCACAAAAACGAAAGUACUUAUAAUGAAAUUGAGAGUGAGGUUGUAUAUUUCAAUAAUAUCAUCACUUACGCUGAAUAUUUCCUCCCAGUGAUAAUCAGUUUCUAUAUUGGGAGCUGGAGUGAUAUAUUUGGAAGAAAAGGAUUUAUUGCUCUGUGCGUAGCAGCAAAGACAUUGGCCGCAUUUUUCAAUCUUCUCAACGCCAUAUUUCUCAGCUCAUGGAACAGGUGGAUAUGGCUGGGUACAGUAGUUGCAGUAAAGAAUUUAUCUGGCGGAUAUCUUGUAUUUAUCAUGGUUACAUACAGUUUUAUAUCAGACAACUGUACUCCGGAGGAUAGAACUCUUAGGAUGGGAAUUCUUAACUUUUCCUGGGCUGUCAGCAAACCAAUAGCAUCAGGAGUUGGUGGACUACUAUACAGCAAUGGAGGGUUUGUCUGUGUUUUUGCAGCUAGCCUACUCUUAUUCAUACUCGGAGCUUUAUUUGGGAUUAUUAAACUUUAUAAUUUCAAGGAAAAGAUAUCUCGGACGGGACGUAUAUCAUGCUCAAAGAUAUUUACUCCGCGGCAUAUUGGAGACGCUGUGAAAACUACUUUUAAAAAACGACCAAACAACAAGAGGAUGUAUAUCUUAAUGUUGAUAAUGAUGAUGCUAGUCCUGGUAAUAUCAUUCCUGGGCGAGCAUAGUUUUCAGCUUAUGUACACAAAACGAUAUUUUGAGUGGAAUGGAAGCGAUUAUAUCUGGUUUGAUACAACACGAUCUCUCAUCAGUAGCUUUGGUCUAAUCCUUCUCCUACCUCUGUUUAAACACUUUAACCUUCAUGAUACUGUUAUCAUUAUCAUAGCUACACUCUCAUCUAUCAGUGGAGCUCUCGUCAAAGCAUUCUCACAAGGGAAAGGAUGGAUGUUCUAUAUAUCAGCAGCAUUAGAAAUUGUAAGCUCUCUACAUGGCCCUCCGAUCAGAGCUGAAAUGUUGAGAUGUUGCGCUCCAGAGGAAACAGGAAAAAUGUUUGCAAUGCUCUCCAGUGUCGAAUCCUUAGUUCCGAUUCUAGCAACAACCAUAUAUACUCGUCUAUAUGAUAAUAUGGUUACCCAUAAAUGGUUUUCAGGUUUAUGCUAUCUUGUGUCUACAGGGUUUCAUGUAGUGGGACUCAUACUUGCUCUAAUUAUGAUAGGUGGUUUAAGAUGUAAAGAAAUACCAUUGGAGGAUUCUCAACGUAGUUUAAAAAGAUUAAACUCUAAUUUGCACCCGGAUAACAUGAAGUUUAGAGAUCAUAAACAAGAGAUAUUUCUUCAAUCCUUCAGACCACUAGAUUUCUAAACCGUUACACCUCAUAUAUAUAUUUACAUGCAGGGUGACCCAAUAAGCAUGGGAAUUGAGAGCUGACUUACGCACUGCAAAGAAAAUUUUAAAAAAAUAACGCUGUAUGUCUAGCGAGCUUUUCAUAAUGUGGUCUGUCUACCUUUCUUGUACCGAAAAAUUAACGAGGAUAUUAGAUAUUAAGACAUUAUAAGAUAUAUAAGAUAUUAAGUUGAUUUAUUUAAUAAUUGAAUUUUUGAAAAU